AUGAAGGAAAUUUCCCAAGCUCAACUUGCGACUCUAUCUGCGCCGCUUAACUCGCGAGGCUCUGUCGUAGCGAACCCAUCAUCCACAACUUCAUCCGGCAAUGGUAGAGUCGAUGUCGCUCGUAGGCUAUUCCGCUUCUGUUGUUGCCUCUCUCAGAUUGAUUGUCCCCGGUAUGUAGCACACGACACCGUCCACUCCCUUAGACCUAGAAAUCUUCAAUCUGCAAAACCAAGGUGGUUGGGUCUUCGCAACACGCCACGGGGAAUGUUCUCAAGACCUCGCGAGCUCGUUGUCGUUCUUCAGAUCUCGUCGGAGCUAGAACAAUAUUAG